AUGUCGAAUUACUGCUGCUUCUUUUCAAUCGAUGUCAUUUUCCAUGUCUUUGAAUACUGUUCUUUGAAAGACAUUUUAUCAUUGAGUCUUACUUGGAAAGUUUGUAAUGAAGCAUUACAUGUGUAUUCAGAAAGUGUUUUCAACAAGUAUUAUCAAGUAUUCUCGCAAUUUGUCAAGGAAAUUGAUCUCCACCACCCACAAGACACCUCUUUGCAACACCAUUCCUCAACAAAAGAAAAAUUUAUCGCACUAUUCCCAAAAGCCUGUAAGGAAAUGAAUGAAGAAACUGAAUACUAUCCUUUUCAUCAAGGUAUGGUGCCAGGGGGUUUUCAUAACUGUACGGACUUGUUUUCUCGAAUGAUUGCAUUGGAUUUCAAAGCAUUACACGGUGCGAAUGACUCUCGAACCAUCUUUGAUUGUCGUUUUGGGCUUGACAUGGAAUAUCAACGCUGUUUUAAGUGUUCCGAUCGAUUGGUGGUAAUGCCUGAAAUUUUAAGUCUCAUGGGAUGGAAUUGGAUCUCUCAAGAUUAUGAUUUGAAAUUACUACGGUUUUAUGUGCUGAGAAUUAUUGCACCUUAUUACCCAAACAAUGUUCCUGGAAUUGUUUUGAAACAACCUGAAAGUAUGAAAUCUUCCAAUAUUUCCUCUCUAUGGUUCAAGGCUCAAAGCGAAUUUACAGAACCAGAAUUUCAUUUUGUUAAUGCUAACAACUCGUGUAGUAUGAUUGGAAAAGAAGAGAAACGAAUGAUUCGAGCUUGUUUUUGGAUACUACACGACAGAACAGAUUCGUCUGAAAUAUUACUUUGUUCCCAUCGAGGUAAAAUGUAUUCAAAAGUAGAGCUGUUAGUCGAUUAUGAAAGCGCUUCUAUCGAAAACAUUCGUGUUCUUUGCACUGUGAAAUGUCCAUCCAAAGAAAAUUUCAAAACACGAAAUGGAACGUGUUUGGUCCACUAG